ACAGUUUUAAAUUUCGUUAACGUGGCUAAAUUCGUCUCAUAACUAUUCUAAGACACCCUGUAGUUGUGUAUUACGGUAGAGGGUUCCGUUACCAUGGAAAAUACGGAAAGCGACUGCCGAAAAGCAUUUGGGGGCUUCAAGUGGACAUGAUUGUCUCCCGAACAAUUCGGACUCCAAGGAUUUCGUUGUUGUUGCAGUUUUAAUCAUUUCGUGUGCCAAACUUCGUGUUCUCGUGGAUUCUGUCGGGAAGAAGGUAUUUUCGAAUCCUUACUGGUAAUUCAGCAUGAGGGGACCUUCUGUGGAUCCAGCCACGAUGUUAGCAGUCAUUUCUUGGACUACUUGGAAUCUUUGGAAAACAUUUCACACUUGUAGAGACCUCACAGGAUGUUUCUGAAUAAUUAAUAAUUAUUUUUGGAAGUACGACUCUACUACACUUCCUCACAAUGUGAAUGAACUCCAGCAGUUCUUCCAGAACAAAAGAAUCAAGAAUUCAUGUAGCUGUACAUGUGAAGAAAGUGUUGUUGAGAUGCUGCAGACGGGCAACUACUCCUUGGUGCUCCUGAUCCAGCUCACGCUGCUGGCUUUUGACCUUUUCGUCAACUCCUUCAGCGAACUGCUGAGAGGAGCAGCCGUCAUCCAGCUGGUGCUCUUCAUCAUCCAGGACAUCGCCAUCUUGUUCAACGUGAUCAUCGUCCUGCUGAUGAUGUUCAACACGUACGUGUUCCAGGUGGGCCUGGUCUCCCUGCUGCUGCAGCGCUUCAGAGCUCUGCUGCUGUUCUCCGCUCUCUACCUGACCCUCAGCAUCUGUCUACACAGCUGGGUGUUGAAUCUAAGAUGGAGAGCGUCGAACCGCUUCAUAUGGACGGAUGGCCUUCAAGCUCUUUUUGUAUUCCAGAGGAUAGUGGCAGUGUUGUAUUAUUACUUGUACAAGCGCACAGCCGAGUACAUGGGGGACCCGAGGCUCUACGUGGACUCUCUUUGGCUGCGCGAGGCCUUUGCCAGAGCUCGACAGUAGAUCCAAAAGAAAGCCGCCGGAUUUUAUUUGCUAUUAAGCUCCUGCUGUUAGUGAAUAUUUAUGUAGCAACUUCAAUACUCUCAAAGCGCUUUGACACUAUUGUUGCCUCAUAGACCGAGCACCCCAGGUAAAUGUCGGGUCUGGAGUCUUGCUCAAAGACACUGAAGAAGAACAAGGUGAUCACAACUCAAGCCCCACUGACAAAAGAAGGCACGUCUGUGUUUGUUUACUAUUCCCAAGCGGGCUGUCUGUUUAAAUCUUUCCACUGGCAGGGAAACCAAGGGUGGCAGAUUGUAUUAAUCAGGAUUGAGCCUUGUAAUCUGCUGUACGUGGCCUUUGUACUCGACUCUUGAGUAGGAGACUGCGUAGCAAAAUAAUGUUACGAUGCAUUUUUAUCUAUUGUAGACCUCUUUACUGACCAUCAAUCACUUAUACACAUAACUUGUUUCCACACCAAUGAAAAAUCCCAAGUCAGAGUAUGUUUACAUGAUGCCAGUGAGUGAAUCCAGUCAUCUGUCAGUGGGGAUCUUUUGAACUGUGUUAGUUUUUUUUUUUUUUUAAAUUAAAAUAUCCUUCUCUAAUCCUGGUGCAAUCUAUCACUGCAUAUUAUCUUCGAGACAAGGUGAAACAGACUGCUCUAUUUUUAACAAAGAUUAAUUAGGAUUUAGGUACCAUGAGUACAACAAGCCAUGAAUAGUUGCCCGGGUGUCAUAUAUAACCUUUCCGCUGCAGGUCAAGUUGCUAUUGUACACGUGAAUGGCUGGUGCCUGUAAUUCAGGGGUGUCAAACUCAUUUCUCUCGCGGGCCACGUUGUAGUUCGGGUUUCCCUCAAAGGGUCGUUUUGACUGUGAAACAAAUGUUUAAUCGUUUCAUCAUGUUUGCAUAAUUUAUGAACCAGAAUCCGAAUCAGAAAUCAAGGGUAACGAGUUAUUCAACUAUUCAUGUUUCGUAACACAAAAACGCUUGUAAUAUCUCAACUUGAUCAUUUAUGACGUAUGACAAUUUGAAAUUUUGGUAAAGAUUUUUACAAGAAUCAUGGAAAUGGAAACUAUAGAUUUGGGUUCGCAAACCAUAUAAAAUCACGUGGUUGGCCGGAUCUGGCCCCCGGGCCUUGAGUUUGGUAGCUGUGUUGUAAUUGGAUGUAUAACACAUAGUGGUGGGAAAAAGUGUUUGCCCCCUUUGAUUUCUAUUUUUUUCUGCACGUUUGUCACACUUCUGCUUUCUCAUUAUAAAAUCAAUUUAAAUAUUAGUCAGACAACACAACAUGCAGUUUUAUAUGGUUUUUAUAAGAAAACAAAAAUCUAACCUACAUGGCGUUCGUGUGAAAAAGUGAUGGCCCCGUAAACCUCGUAACUAGUCCGGCUACCCUUAAAAACUGCAAUCGAGCAUUUAGGAUUACUUGAAAUUUUAGCACUAUUGAGGAAUUGUGGCCCACUCAUUUCUGAAGAUGCAGCGAAUACACCGAGAAUGCCCGAUCUCAUAAACUCAGCAAGCAAGUAGGGUAGGUUCUGGUUAGUACCUAGAUGAGAGACCAUUUAGGAAUACAAGGUGCUAAAAUUGGGCAUUAAGCCAAUCAUCUUCACCCAUUCAGAGGUGGACUUACUGACUGUGACCUCUUGGAAUUGUCGCUGCAGUUUAGCAGUAAUCUUAAGAAGGUUCAGAACUGUUCUGUUUUUUUCACCAUUUGUGGAUGACACGUCUCACUGCAGUUUGCUGGAGUCCUAAAGCUUAGGAAAUGGCUAUAAGAUUCUCCAGUGUGAUAGAGCUCAGUUACUUGAUUUCUAAUCGUUUCCUGAAUUUCUUUAGACCUUGGCAUGAUGUCUAGCUUUUGAGGACUUUUUGGUCUAGAUAACUUUGCCAGGCAAGUCCCAUUAAACCAAUUUCUUGAUUGACAAUUCUUACAGUAUACCGGCUGGGUGUUCCGAGAGAAAUUGAACUCAGGUAUGAUAAAGUAGUUUGUUUUAAUGAGUGCACAAUCAGUUUUUCACACUGGGCCACAUAUGUUUGGAUUUAAUUCUCCCUUUAAUAAAAAAUGAUUAAAAAACUGCACGUUUUCUUUUUU